AUGUCUGCCGAAAUGUCAGAAAAGCCGGCCAAUGAGGGCCGUUCGAGAGCCUCAAGCCGCAACGAGUCGACGUCGGACACGCAACCAGUCUCUGAAAAGGACGCAAAGCCAGAUGUGGCGCCCUUAGCACAGGUAGACUCAAAGGUCAUAAAGCAAGCAAAGGAGGAAGACACCGAUCCGUUUAGACAUUUACCUGCGCAUGAAGCCGAUAUCUUGAAGAGGCAAGUCAAUACGCCUACUGUCAAGGCCGGUGCUGCAAUCCUGUAUCGAUAUGCUUCGCGGAAUGAUCUGAUUAUCAUGUUCAUCAGCGCCAUCUGCGCUAUAGCCGGCGGUGCUGCUUUGCCCCUGAUGACUGUGAUUUUUGGUAACUUGCAAGGUACCUUCCAGGGCUAUUUCACGGGCCAAUCAUCCUAUGACGCUUUCAUGGAUGAGAUGACGAGUCUCGUUCUAUACUUCGUCUACUUGGCUAUUGGAGAGUUUGUGACGAUCUAUAUUGCGACCGUUGGCUUCAUCUACACCGGCGAGCACAUUAGCGCAAAGAUUCGGGAGCACUACUUGGAAAGCUGCAUGCGCCAAAACAUUGGAUUUUUCGACAACCUCGGUGCCGGAGAGGUCACAACUCGAAUCACGGCUGACACCAACUUAAUCCAGGAUGGUAUUUCUGAAAAAGUCGGCUUGACGAUCACAGCCGUUUCAACUUUUAUUUCCGCAUUCGUAAUUGGUUUCGUCGAAUACUGGAAGCUGACGCUGAUUCUAAUGUCCACUGUCUUUGCCAUCGUCUUGGUAAUGGGCACCGCUUCUCAGUUCAUGAUCAAGUACAACAAACACUCGAUUGAGGCGUAUGCGAUGGGUGGUACCGUCGCCGACGAAGUCAUAUCAUCUAUUAGGAACGCUGUUGCUUUCGGCACACAGGACCGCCUGGCAAAACAGUACGACGCUCACCUGAUCCGUGCAGAGAAGUACGGUUUCAAGACCAAGAGCACCAUCGGGUGUAUGGUCGCUGGCAUGAUGCUGAUCGUGUACUUGAACUACGGUCUGUCUUUCUGGAUGGGCUCCACAUAUCUGCUCGACGGCAGUAUCCCGCUCUCCAAGGUGUUGAUCAUCAUGAUGUCUGUCAUGAUUGGUGCAUUCAACCUUGGAAACGUCGCACCUAAUGUCCAGGCUUUUGCCACAGCUAUCGCUGCUGCUGCUAAGAUUUUCAACACCAUCGACCGCCAGUCUCCACUGGACCCAACAAACGAUGCAGGAGACAAGCCUGAUCACGUCGAAGGUGCUAUUCGUCUGGAAAACGUGAAGCACAUCUAUCCUUCACGGCCGGACGUAGUCGUCAUGAACGGCGUGUCGCUUGAGAUUCCCGCUGGAAAGACUACUGCGCUCGUUGGAGCCUCAGGAUCUGGAAAGAGCACAAUUGUCGGGCUUGUCGAACGUUUCUAUGAUCCAGUCGGUGGAAAAGUUUAUCUUGAUGGCCGUGAUAUUAGUACACUGAACUUGCGCUGGCUCCGUCAGCACAUCUCGCUUGUCAGUCAGGAACCCACCCUGUUUGGUACUACCAUCUUUGGCAAUAUCAAGUACGGUCUGAUCGGUACCCGGUUCGAGAACGAGAGCGAAGAGAAACAGCGUGAACUUGUUGUUGAAGCUGCGAAGAAAGCUAACGCCCACGAUUUCAUUUCCGGCCUCCCUGAAGCAUAUGAGACCAACGUCGGCGAGCGGGGUUUCCUCCUGUCUGGUGGACAAAAGCAGCGUAUCGCUAUUGCUCGAGCCAUUGUCUCCGAUCCCAAAAUUCUUCUGCUUGAUGAAGCCACCAGUGCUCUCGACACCAAAUCCGAAGGAGUCGUUCAAGCUGCUCUAGAAGUCGCUGCUGCUGGUCGCACAACAAUCACUAUUGCUCACCGGCUUUCCACAAUUAGAGAUGCACAUAACAUUGUCGUUAUGACUCAGGGGUCUAUCGUCGAACAAGGAACUCACGAUGAACUCCUUGAGAAACGCGGUGCAUACUUCAAGCUCGUCACAGCGCAGAACAUCGCAGCUGUCCAGGAGUUGACCGCCGAGGAGCAAGCUGCAAUCGAUGAGAAAGAUGAACAGAUGAUUCGCAAAAUGUCUGCCAAGGACGGCCAGACCUACACUGAAGAUCCAGAUGACAACAUGCGUGCCAAGCUGAACCGCUCAACGACCCAAGGAUCUGCCUCGAGCAAGGUCCUUCAGGGCCGUAAGCCGGAGGAAACACAGAAGUACCGUCUUUCAACCUUGAUUAAAUUAAUCGCAUCCUUCAACCGCGAAGAAUGGAAGCUUAUGUGCUGGGGACUGUUUUGGUCUAUCAUCUGUGGUGGUGGAAACCCUACUCAAGCUGUGUUUUUUGCCAAACAGAUUAUGACGCUCAGCACGCCGGUUACCCCAGCCAACAGUGCUCAGAUAAAAAAGGACAGCGAUUUCUGGAGUGCCAUGUUCUUGAUGCUGGCAAUCGUGCAAUUUCUUGCCUACGUGCUUCAAGGUGUCGCUUUUGCAAGAUGCUCUGAGAGAUUGAUCCACCGCGUGCGUGAUCGUGCCUUCAGAACUAUGCUUCGACAGGAUGUUUCCUUCUUUGACAAGGACGAGAACACUGCUGGUGCGCUUACAUCAUUCCUAUCAACGGAAACUACGCAUGUUGCUGGUAUCAGUGGUGUCACUCUAGGUACUCUGUUGCUUGUUACGACGACCCUGGUCUCAGCCUGUGUUCUCGCUUUGUGCAUCGGUUGGAAGCUGUCCCUCGUCUGUAUCUCGACUAUCCCUGUUUUGUUGGCUUGCGGUUUCUUCCGUUUCUACAUGCUCGCACAUUUCCAACGCCGCUCAAAGAAAGCCUACGAGUCGUCGGCCACCUACGCGUCUGAGGCCAUUUCCGCCAUCCGUACUGUUGCCUCGCUUACUCGGGAGACUGAUGUCUUACAGCAAUACCAGACCUCUCUUGCAGCCCAGCAAAGGUCGAGUUUGGGUUCUGUACUCAAGUCGAGUCUUCUGUAUGCCGCCUCCCAGUCCUUCCUAUUCUUGGCUUUUGCUCUUGGCUUCUGGUACGGAGGAAGUCUUAUCGCCAAGGGAGAAUAUAAUCAGUUUCAGUUCUUCGUGUGCUUCCAAGCCGUCAUUUUCGGUGCCCAGUCCGCCGGUACGAUUUUCUCGUUUGCCCCUGACAUGGGUAAGGCGCACCACGCUUCAGCAGAGUUGAAGACUCUGUUUGACCGGAAGCCUGUUGUGGAUACGUGGUCCCAGGAUGGCGAGCGCCUUGAGGCUGUGGAUGGAACUCUCGAGUUCCGCGACGUCCACUUCCGAUACCCAACUCGUCCUGAACAGCCAGUGCUCCGCGGUCUCAACCUCACUGUUCGCCCGGGCCAGUAUGUCGCUCUUGUCGGCGCAUCAGGAUGUGGCAAGUCAACCACAAUCGCUCUCCUUGAGCGCUUCUACGAUCCUUUGGUUGGUGGUAUUUAUAUCGAUGGCAAGGAGAUCAGCUCCUUGAACGUGAACGAGUAUCGAUCCUUCAUUGCCCUUGUGUCUCAAGAGCCUACCCUUUACCAGGGAACCAUCAAAGAGAACAUUGUGCUUGGCGCCGCCCACGAGGUCACCGAUGAGGCUAUUGAAUUUGCCUGCAAGGAGGCCAACAUUUUCGACUUCAUACUUUCCCUGCCAGAUGGAUUCAACACUGUGGUGGGUAGCAAGGGUGCCCUGCUCUCAGGAGGCCAAAAGCAGCGUAUUGCUAUCGCCCGAGCACUGAUCCGCGACCCUAAAAUCCUGCUGCUCGACGAAGCUACUUCAGCUCUGGAUUCAGAGUCCGAGCAUGUUGUACAGGCAGCUCUGGAUAAGGCCGCCAAGGGAAGAACAACUAUUGCCGUGGCCCACCGUCUCAGCACGAUCCAACGCGCCGACGUUAUCUACGUGUUUGACCAGGGCCGCAUUGUGGAGGAGGGCACGCAUACUGAGCUGAUGCGUAAGAACGGAAGAUAUGCUGAGUUGGUCAACUUGCAGAGCCUGGAGAAGACCAGGUAA